UGUAGCUGGGAGCGACAGCGGAGAAGCCAGUGCCCCGGACCGGAGUCGUGAAAGUGCUCCCUUCUUCCAGCCCGGGGAGGGACCCCCCUGUAGGGCAGAGACGGACCCGCCGGGAUGCCACGUAGGCCGCGUCUGAUGAGAAAUGGAAAUCUGGCUCAAAGUCAUCUUUCCUGUUGUUGACAUCACCUGAAAACUCCACUGGAAAUAUUUCCACUAGUUUGCUGCAAACAUCGCUCCCCCCCGAGGUCUCAACACCGUGAGCAGUGUACACAGACUUGCUGUUGUCGUCAACACUGGAAAGACUGAAGCUGCCAUCUCCAUAGUCCUUCUCCAGAGGUUGCCUUGCAAGACACAGCUAUAAAAUGUUCAUCAGAAAAAACUGAACUGUAGAUCUUUAAGACAUGGCCGGACCCCCCUGCAUCUUGCUGCCUACAAGGGUCAUCUCCACGUUGUCCAGGUUUUGUUGAAGGCAGGUUGUGAUCUGGAUAUUCAGGAUGAUAUAUAUUCCCUAAACACAGUAAGAGCCUUAAGAAUUAGUUGAAGAAUGACCUCCAGUGGCCUGGAGUGGGAUUAUUAUGAAUUUCAGCCGGUGGAGUCCAGCUCUGUAGAAUAUGCCACUCCGGGAGCUGACUCCUUCCUUCUCCCUGCCAAUACUGACAACUCUUACUGGGAUCCCAGUGCCAUCUCUGAGUGGUCAAUGAGUGUCCAUACAGCACACACCUCAGAAAUAGUCCAGGAGAAAAUUGUCCCGGUGAAGGAAAUCAAGGAUGAAAAAAAUAAGAGAAACCAGAAGAGAAAGGCUAGGAAGGAACCUAGAAGAUCAGACAGAGAGAAGGAGGGUGACCAGACAGCACUGCACCGGGCUGCUGUUGUAGGGAACACCGAUGUAAUAGCAACUCUGAUUCAAGAGGGCUGUGCUUUGGACAGACAAGACAAGGAUGGGAACACUGCUCUUCAUGAAGCUUCUUGGCAUGGAUUCAGUCAGUCUGCCAAAGUGCUUGUUAAAGCAGGAGCCAAUGUUCUCGCCAAGAACAAGGCAGGUAACACACCUCUUCACCUGGCUUGCCAGAAUAGCCAUUCCCAGAGUACUCGUGUUUUGUUACUUGGAGGAUCUCGAGCAGACCUCAAAAAUAAUGCAGGAGAUACCUGUCUGCAUGUGGCUGCUCGUUAUAAUCACUUGCCCAUCAUUAGGGUGCUGCUCAGUGCUUUCUGUUCUGUCCAUGAAAAGAACCAGGCAGGGGAUACUGCACUCCAUGUAGCUGCUGCUCUAAAUCACAAGAAGGUGGUGAAGCUCUUGCUGGAGGCAGGGGCUGAUGCAUCCGUUGUCAACAAUGCAGGCCAGACCCCUCUAGAGGUUGCCAGACAGCACAAUAACCCCGAGGUUGCACUCCUGCUCACUAAAGCAUCACAGGUGUCACGUUUUAACCGUGGGAGAAGCCUGAGGAAGAAGAGAGAGAGACUGAAGGAGGAAAGGAGGGCUCAGUCAGUGCCACGGGAUGAAGUAGUACAGAGCAAGCAGGGCAGUGUCUCAGCUGCUGAUGACACACCAAGCAGCGACCAGCCCCCAGAGAGGAAGAACAAUCUGAAGGAUAAACCCCGGUCAGCCUCACCAGAUCCCAAAGGGAAAAAGAGCAAAAAGAAAAAGCCAAAGGAAAAGGUUUCAGCACUCUCGGACCCCAUCUCCCCAGCCGACCAGCAGACACUCCCUCAGCCCCAGAAGAACGUGCCGAAGCGCAGAAGUAAACACCACUGCUCCUCUCCACCCCCUCCCCACGAGGUCCGAGCCUACCAGCUCUACACGCUCUACCGAGGAAAGGACGGGAAGGUGAUGCAGGCACCCAUAAAUGGAUGUCGUUGUGAGCCCCUGAUAAAUAAACUGGAGAAUCAGCUGGAGGCAACAGUGGAAGAGAUAAAAGCUGAGCUUGGGACUGUACAAGAUAAAAUGAAUAUUAAGCUGGGCCAGAUGGAAAGCAAAACUCAACAUCAACUCCGAGUUUUGGACAAGCUCAUGGCCGAGCGACUGUCGGCAGAGAGGACAGAGUGCCUUCACCGCUUGCAGCAGCACACGGAGCUGGAAAAGAGUGAGGGGGAGAAGCGGCAGAUUUCCUUGGUUGAUGAGCUGAAGACCUGGUGCUUGUUGAAGAUUCAGAAUCUGGAGCUCAAGCUUUCUGGAGAUUCCAGGUCAUCAAGACCAAAAUCAACUUUGUCCACUUGUGAGUCUCUCACUGAGACCCUGGAUACUGACAACCACCCCAACAGUGCCAAGGACUGUAAAGCCAACCAGCCCGUGCUGCAGUCAGAGGGCUCCCACCAGCAUUCUUAUAUCACACUUCCAAAUAGCCUCUUGGAAGAUGGGGGAAGGAGCAGAGUCCAGAUGCCAGAACAAAACUUUGGGCAACACUUUUGCAUUAAACAAGAUGGAGCAUUGGGUACAACCACAUCAGGUACAGAGCAACAGGUAGUAGCUGGUGGACCAGUUUCUUCUUCUGCCCCUGCUCAAGAUGUCAGGCCAAAGGACAAAGCUGGGAGUGCCAGCACGUUCCACAGGUUCCAGCAGGAGCUGCCCUGCUCUGAGCUUUCGGGCGCCAAAUUAAGACAUGUUAAAGUUCAAGCUGCUUUGCAGCCAGUGACUGAACCUGCAAAGACUGAACCACAGAGCGGCUGCUUCAUUGACAAAGGAACUCAGACGAAAAGGUCCAGCAAAAGUGGGCAGUCGAGGCACAGAGCUCUGCACCACACCGGGGCACAGCAGGGCCAAGAGCAGCAGCCCUCAGCCCCGCCUGCCCCUCCGCUCAGAGACACCUCCCAGGCCCUGGAGAUAACCCAGUACUUCUUCGAGGCCGUUUCCACGCAGAUGGAGAAGUGGUACGAGCGGAAGAUAGAAGAAGCCCGGUGCCAAGCGAACCAGAGAGCGCAGCAGGACAAAGCUGCGCUCAAGGAGCACAUCAAAUGCUUAGAAGAGGAGCUGAGCAAAUUAAGGACUAAAGUGCAGAAAGAGAGCUAGCACCUGCAGGCAGCUAACAAGCAACAGGACUCACUGUGGAACCUGCUGUAUGGGAAUUUGGAAUAUUGACAGAUAUUUGUAGUGCCUGUUUCAUCCAAACACAACACUCUAUUUCAGGAGUAGAAAUAACUUUGGAAAUUCCAUAACUGAGGAGAGUUCAUAUGCAAACUAUAUUGAUAACAAAAAGAUGCUGCAGAUUAGAUCCUUUCUUUGUUAUUUCCAAGAGUCUGUCAAUAUUGCACUCUCAGUUUCCAGAUGCUGCUUGAAACCAAACUGCAUUAGUAACCAAAACUGCUUUCUGAAAAGGGAAUUCCCUUACUUCCACACAGGACAGACUAGUGGGUUCUACUGUAUGCCACAUGUAAACAUGUAGUGUUACCAGUACUGAAAUAAAUCCAGGAUGUUUGAAAGUUUUUGACAGAAUUACUUAGCAAUGAAGGGCUAUUGAUUCUAUUUUAGAUACUCCCAGGGCCUCUCUCUAGUCAGUGGAGAGAAGCUAAAGAGCCCACUCCAGUUACAAGCCCAGGUAGCUGACAGAUGCAGGCUUCCAGCUGGGAGAGGGCAGGCAACCCUGAAGGGAGGUGCUAAGGCAAAUCAUCCCAUUAGGUACAGAGGCUUCAGCUACCACUUUGCUUUUCUCUUGGUUUUCCAUUAUUAAAACAAGUGCUAAAUCUGA